CAGGAGGUCUCGUGAUGAGUUCUCGCGAGAUUUGCUGUAGGUUGGGCUGCUGAUUGGGGCAUGCGUUCAAGAUGGUGGCCAGCAUGGUGGAGCAUGUUGUAGCCGACGCGGGGGCUUUUUUGAAAAACGCCGCUUUGCAUGAAAUUGGGAAGAACAUCUACACGCUGAAGGAUGUCGUGAAUGAAAUUCGGGACAAACAAACGAAAAAGAACUUGGCGUUUUUACCCUACAAGCUCAACUUCAAAGAACCUUUUCCAGAACACGUCCGAUUCGUGACGGAGUUUGCCAAAAAGACCGGAGAUUAUCCCAGCCUGUCAGCUACAGACAUUAAGGUCUUGGCUCUGACCUACCAGCUGGAGCUGGAGAACUGUGGAGCUGCUCAUUUGAAGAAAGAACCAGCAGUACAGGUGGAAGUACGCAGCACACAGAGACACCCAGAAGCUCCAGUUAAUAUCGCUGGGUUCCACCUUCCCUCUAAAAAAUCCUCAGCCGGCUCACUGACUGUCGUUCAGCAGCCUGUAGCAUCACAAGAACAUCCAGAUGCCGAGAGCUCCGAGUUUAACAGCUUCCAGUUUUGGAGAGAUCCCUUACCCAGCAUUGACGAUGACUUACUGAAACUGGUGGAAUCCUCACCCAGCUCAGUCACUGCUGUUCAGCAUGACGCCGCGUCACGUGAGCCUCAGACUGCCGAGAGCUCGGCGUUUAACAGCUUCCAGUUUUGGAGAGAACCCUUACCCAGCAUCGAUGAUGAGUUAUUAAAGUUGGUGGACAUCACGGAGAAAGUGCAGAGUGUGGCUCUGACGUCUCCGAGCGCUGAACACGAGGAUGAUGUUGGUGUGGAGGAGGGAGAGGGCGAGGAUGAAGAGGAUGACGACGGCGGCGGCGGCUGGAUCACUCCCAGUAAUAUAAAACAAAUCCAGAUGGAUGCUGGCGAAUGGUGUCCAGUGGAGAACGUCACAGUGGGCUGCAUGACCACCGACUUUGCAAUGCAGAACGUGCUCAUUCAGAUCGGCCUCAACGUGCUGUCUGUGAACGGCAUGCUCAUCAAACACACGAGAAACUACAUCCUCCGCUGCCACGCCUGCUUCAAGACUACAACAAAUAUGAACAAAGUUUUCUGUCCACAUUGUGGCAACAACACGCUGAAGAAGGUGGCAGUGACGCUCCGAGAGGACGGCGGCAUGCAGAUGCACUUCUCCAGCAACCCCAAAGUGCUCAAUCCCAAAGGAAAGAGGUAUGCUAUUCCUUUCCCACAAGGUGGCAAACACUCAAACAACCCACUUCUGGUGGAGGAUCAGCGUUUCCCUCAGCAGCGACUCUCUCGAAAGGCACGGGCCAAGACGGACGUGUUUGACCCGGACUACCUCGCCGGCAGCUCUCCGUUCUCAGAGCACGACAUUUACAGCCGAGCGGCGAGUUUACACCUGCGGGACGCUCAGUGUGGAGGAGGGAGACGACGCGCUAACCCAAACGCCUCUCGCAAGAAAUUCGUCAAGAAAAAGUGAAUCAGCGGUACUGUGUUAACUAUAUAACGGUGUUAAGGGCAGAGAUCGAGAAAGGAAAAAUAAACCAUUACUCGUUCCUAGGAAAAACAGUCACAUUUUAAAUAAUUAAUACAACAGGAACUGACGUGUGCUUAAAUUCUACUAAGGAUGCAUGGAUACAUUUGCUCGUGAUACAUUAGGCUUAUGUUACAUGGUAUGUUGUAGCACUAAGCAGCAGACAACACAAAAUCUGGACGUAGUUCACAAUUAAAGCAAAUCAAGCUGCAAACUGUGCUCUGUGAAAAUAUCAAGUGGCAGAACUAGAGCAUCUUCCUACAAUACAAUUAACCUGACAAAGCAUCAUACAGUGUUUAAAUAGUAUCUUUAAUAGAGCGCAUGACCUGAGCACACGAGUGUGGACAUUAAAAACGAGCCCAAGUUGCCAUGAACUGCACACACACAAAUUGAAGUGAGGGUACAGAGAAACUGUGGAACACGAGAGCAGUUCAGUUCUGCGAGCACUGAGACACGCACGGUUCCUUUCAGCAGCAUCUUCACUUUGUACCUUGCGCUCAUUUUUAACGGCCACGCUCGCUGAUCCUGCUCUACACACACUCAGACUGGCCACCCAUACACUCUCUAAAGAUACUGCUUAAGCAUCGUAACAACAUUUAAACAUAAAACUCAGCAUGAAAAGGUCAUUGCUAGCAUCACACGGCAGCAACCAACAUAAACAGAGCUACAAUAAUGGGUCCAAUGACGCCCCUGAUUACUAAAUACUAAGCACGUUACUGAUUUCAGUACUCUGCUCUUAUUCUGUCUGGAAAAAAAAAAUGGUAUAGGUGCAUCCCUAAAGUCUACAUUUUCCUGCCCUUUGUAUGUCAGAUUAAAAAAAAACUGUGGCAUUUGAUGGACAAAAAUGAUUGAGAACCCCUUUGUAUUCAUCACAUAUAGAUAACCUUUGUGAAAUCAUGACAACUAAAUGUUAAAAAAAAAAAAAAAACUGUCUGACACACUUGUGUAAUUUAAAUAUACAUUAUUUAUCA